ACCUACCUAAAUGAAGGACGUUUCACGUGGCGUCAUGAUUCAGUGCUUAACUUCAUAGCAUCCAUACUUAAAUCUGUGAACCAUUGUAACCUUUAUGCUGACCUUCCUGGCUAUAUCAGUCCAUCUGUUAUCACCGGAGAUGAAUUGCGCCCUGAUCUUUUGAUAACACUUGAAAACAAAUAUAUUUAUAUACUUGAACUUACCGUCGGAUUUGAAUCUAAUCUCCUCACUAAUGCAACUCGAAAAAGACAAAAAUAUCAAGAUCUAAUUAACGAACAGCUCAAAAAUUAUGAAAAAGUGAAAUUUGUUAAUUUAUCGAUUACUCAUUAG